AAAGAGGGGAAGCGAGCCGUGCACGUAAAGUUACGAGAUCCCUGGUUUUACGUUUCACCGUUCGUCAACGCACGGCGCUAUGAUCGAAGUACCCUUAUACCACUUUAAAUAUUCAAUGAAGAGAAUUAAACGAAACUUUUAAUGAAGAGAACUUAACGUAAAACAUUUAGUGAAGAGAAUUAAACGAAACUAUCGAUCGAAAGCGCAAAAUAAUCAUUUCAAGUAUUUUAUUAACAAAAACUGUCCGACCCACCGUAUUAAAAAGCACGAGUCCGAGUUUGCGUGCGUCAGCAGCGUGCGUGCGUGCAUUCGAUCGAUUCGUGCACACGACGAAUCGUGUCGUAUAUAUUAUUGCAACGAAAUUGUUUAUUAUGGAAGCCGAGUCUAAGAUAAAACAACAAAAUGCCGCAUGUACUGAGCCAUCGACAAGGAGGGCAUUGUUCACAGUGACUGUGAUCUUCAUAGCCUCACUCUCAGCAUUAAUCUAUGUAUACGCAAGUUUCCCAGAGCUGACCGAAGAUGAACGUCAGCACAUGAAACUGCCGUUCCACAUAGAGGAGGCUAAGACAUUGGGCAGGAUACUUGGACGAUACAAGGAUCUGUAUUAUUUCCAAGUGCUUGCUGGAUUGUUCAUCACUUAUAUAUUCUUGCAGACGUUUGCAAUUCCAGGUUCGAUUUUCUUGUCGAUCCUUUCAGGUUUCCUCUUUCCAUUCCCAAUUGCCCUGGCAUUAGUCUGCAGCUGUAGUGCGGUAGGAGCCUCCCUGUGCUACUUGCUCUCCUCUUUACUAGGUCGGAAGCUCCUCUUCAAAUAUUUCCCAGAGAAAGCGAAGGAGUGGACUCUGGCCGUGAGGAAGCACAAAGAUCACCUGCUGAACUACAUGCUGUUCCUACGAAUGACUCCGCUGCUGCCUAACUGGUUCAUAAACCUGGCGAGCCCGAUAAUUGGAGUGCCUCUGUUUCCAUUCGCCGUCGGCACGUUCUUCGGCGUGGCGCCGCCAUCCUUUGUCGCAAUUCAAGCGGGACAGACCCUGCAAAAUUUGACCUCGUCCGCUGACGCUUGGUCCUGGAACAGCGUCGGCGUUCUAUGCUUGUUCGCGCUUCUUUCGCUGCUGCCGGUGCUCUUCAAACGGAAGCUGCGGCAGAAGUUCGAUUAAGGAGUUCUAUUUAAUUACUGUUGUUAGGACAAUUUAAUUUUGCUGCCAAGCUCAAAGUUUUGUUUACCUUGCGCAUGAAUUAGCAGAAGGACGCGAUGUAAGUUAUCGUAAGGCUCAUUGGGUCAACGCCACCGGGCAGGCUUACCGGUCGCCAGUACCACCAGUUGUACCACACUGUUUAAUUAAAUAUCAUUUAAAUAUAUUAAUUGCGGAUAGAAAACG